AUGCAGGUCGAUGUCUACGAACAAUCGCUGCAUUUAGCUACUGAUAUUCAUACUCAAUGGGGAAGUUUGUUCAUGUUUGGAUGUGCUUUUCGCUUACUUUCAUACUUAAUGGCAUUGCUUGGCCCGGUCCCCAAAUCAUUAACAGAGCCAAGCCGCCCAUUUUCUGAGCUUUUAGUAAGCUUCGCAUUGCUAUGUGGAGGGUUGAUUUUCAUGGAAUCAACAGAGCCAGUGGUACAAAUCUUUGAAUUUAGAGGUUAUACAUCCAUGUUUACUUUGAGUGUGUCAUUGGGAUUAGUCACCUUAUUUAUGGGAUAUCAAAUGUCAUUGAUGUCACUUCGUGACUCGUUAAGAAGAAGAAUUAGCUUUUAUUAA